AUGCCUUGGAGGUCCAAAGACGGACUCUUCUUGAACGCAGAAUUGGUCAAGCAGGGUGCAGCACGCCGCUACAAAGUCGCGCCCAAUGUGAAGUAUGACGCCAAGUUCGUCGAGUUGGACACGGGACUCCAGAACUCUACGAUGGGGCCCGUAGGGAUGUCCUUGUCAGUUCUUGCCAUGGCCCGCGAGCUAGCAGCUUUGAAGGAAGAGCGGGUUCUCCUUUUACCUUCUCAAGAUCGACGUUCCCAGCAUAUCACCACUGUGCUCAAGCCUGGACCGGGUGCCACCAUUCGCAUUGGAGUUGUCGGCAUUGGCGUGGGGCGAGUCACAGUGAAGGUGUGUGAUUCCGGAGAGGUGGAGAUCAGCUCAAAGGACUUGGCAUUGACAGCCUUGGCUCCUACACCUCAUGUGGAGCUACUUUUGGCCAUGCCGCGUCCGAAGGUGAUGAUGCGGCUGUGGUCGGUGCUGGCACAGCUGGGCCUCCGCCGCAUUGUGUUGACAAACGCAUGGCGUGUGGAGAAGUCUUAUUUUUCAUCACAGUCAACUGAGCAGAGGAAGUAUUUGCCCGAGCUCUUGGAGGGCCUUGAACAGGCUGUUUGCACGACACUGCCAGAAGUGCAGAUUGAGAUGCGGCUGAAGCCCUUUAUCGAAGACCAGGUGGAUUUGCUGUUUCCUUCCGAUCGCUUCUUGCGGCUAUUCUGUCAUCCUGGACAUGGCAUGCGCAUCGCCGAUGCCGUGGCAGCUGCCAGAAAGGGCUCCUCGAAUCCACCAAAGGCCGUGGUUUUGGCAGUUGGCCCGGAAGGUGGCUGGGUGGACUAUGAGGUGGGACUUUUCCGACAGCAUGGCUUUAUUCAAGUGUCUUUGGGCCGACGCAUAUUGACCACUGAUGUUGCAAUUGUGUCACUGGCCUCUUUGACAUUAGAUGCAUUGUUUGCAUCCGAACAAGGGCCCCCUGCAACAACAUGGAAGACAGGAGCUGACUUGCUUUCUAGGCUGCUGCCUUGCUGCAGCUAG